AUGAACAAGUGCGGCCAGUUCAACAUAGGAGAAAGAAGGCGAUAUGCUCCAGAUCGCUUUAUGCAAUCAAAGACGAGGAACGUCAACUUUGAAAUGUUGGACUCCUCCUUUGCCAACGCUAUUCUUCGUCAACGCUUUCAUAAUAUCAUCAAUGACGAUGUUCCUCACUUCUCUAUGCAUGGUAAAGUCCAUCGAAGAGUCAACCAAUGCAUUCUGAACGCAAAGAGUGGAUGCAUUGAGCUUAAAGCAGGGGAUUCCAUUCCACCAAUUUCAUGUAAACGAGUUCACCCCGACUCCAGAAAGAUAGGUCUUACAGUGGACAGUGAUGACAAAACAAGCAAGGAUGUGGGGUUGUUGGAAUCAAAUACAUUAGUAGGUAGGAAGCUCGGGCGGGUUGAUCCAAGGAAAUUCGUAGGCGAAACGAAUAUGAGCGCUGCUACGGCCAAUGAACGAUUCUCGAGUGAAAGGAAACAGGAAGGUUUCGUCAGCUGUCCCUUAUUCUUUUUCAAGAGGAAUGAAAUAGUCGACCAUACGGGGAAGGGAAGUUGCCCAGAAGAAGGAAAUCCACUAAUAGAUAGUAGGGCGGCUCAUUUACCUUUGAAAGAUGAGGGUCUACUCUCGGAAGAUAGGGUUAGCCGAGUUCGACAUGGUUCUUCAACCGUUCCGCCCUCAAGAACAAAGAUAGACAUCCUUUGCUUGCUUCUUCUUGAGCUUGGUCGCCAAGUGUCAAUAGAAAUAGGAAAACCGUCAAGGAUUGCAGUUGGAAAUAUAGAGAUGAUCAAAGAAAAGAAGAAAACACCAGCCGGAGCGGAUAUGCGAACAGAGAAGGUCGCAUGCAGACGAGUGAGAAGUAGGGCCUCCAGUUUAAGUAGCAGAUAUGGGUUUCUAAUGCAACAUGAUGGGAAGCUGCUCGGAGAAGUCCUGAAUUGGUGA